GCGAGUUGCAGAUCGUCCACCCAAAAAGCCUCAGGACAACCUCUCUGGGCCUUUAAAAAGCACCGAAAGCGAAAAAGAGACACAUUCCAUGGUGAAACAUUCAAGUGCAACGAUUGAUGAGACACGUGGUGCAGUUGGCUGGAUCGCUGCCUCUGGGAGGACCGGGCACCUUCUGAGUGGGCAGAGAAGCAUCAUCGCCAGCACCCCAUUAAUAUUAGCAGAGAAAACAAGACACACGAGUUUGUGACAUCAAGCCGACAACAUGAAGAGGACGUUGCAGCUUGUCGUGAUCUGUUGCAGUUUGUUGGCUGUGACGUGGUCAGGCCAGGCAAGCUUUCCUGAGCAAGAAAAGGAUCCCAAUUUCUGGAGAUCCUGGGCCCAGCGGACCUUGACCAACGCGCUGAUGCUGCAGCAACUCAACCAGAACAGAGCCAAGAAUCUCAUCAUGUUCCUUGGAGACGGGAUGGGCAUUCCCACGGUAACGGCUGCUCGGAUAUUGAAGGGUCAAUUGAGCGGACACCCUGGAGAAGAGACUGUGCUGGAGAUGGACAAGUUCCCCUUUGUGGCGUUGUCCAAGACAUACAACACGGACGCGCAGGUGGCUGACAGUGCCGGCACAGCCACAGCCUUCCUUUGUGGCGUCAAGGCCAACCAGGGUACGGUGGGCGUGAGCGCGAAUGCUAUCCGCUCCCAAUGCAACACCACGCACGGUAACGAGGUCACUUCCAUCCUCAAGUGGGCCAAGGACGCAGGUAAGUCGGUGGGCAUUGUGACGACAACUCGUAUCAACCAUGCGACACCCAGCGCCGCCUACGCGCACAGCGUCGAUCGAGACUGGUACUCGGACAACGAGAUGCCAGCUGAGGCACUGCAGGCUGGCUGCAAAGACAUCGCCAGGCAACUGUUUGAAAAUAUCCCCAAUAUUGAUGUUAUGAUGGGCGGAGGAAGGAAAUACAUGUUCCCCAAAAACACGCCGGAUGUGGAGUACCCCUCUGUCGAGAAGCACAAUGGCACACGUAACGAUGGGCGGAACCUGGUGCAGGAGUGGAUCGACAAAACCAAGAACAAUAAAGGCUAUUACGUGUGGAGCAAGACUCAGCUUUUAUCACUCAAGCCCGCCAAUGUUGAUUACUUACUAGGUCUCUUUGAACCAACCGAUCUUAUGUACGAGUUGGAGAGGAACACUGAAAGCGAUCCGUCACUCACAGAGAUGGUGGAUGUGGCCAUCAAGAUCUUGAGGAAGAACCCUAAUGGAUUCUUCCUGCUUGUAGAAGGCGGACGUAUCGACCACGGACACCACGGGGGCUUAGCCCAGCUGGCUCUGCACGACGCCGUGGAAAUGGACCGGGCCAUCGGCCGAGCAGGCCUGAUGACCAGCAUCUUUGACACCAUGACUGUUGUGACUGCUGACCAUUCGCACGUUUUUAGCUUUGGAGGUUACACUUUCAGAGGAAACAGCAUUUUCGGCUUGGCCCCUGAGGUUAGCGAUGUUGACAAGAAGCCCUUCACCGCCAUUGCAUACGGCAAUGGCCCGGGUUAUAAAAUGGUUGACGGUGAAAGGGAGAACAUCUCCAAUGUUAACUUUGGGGACAUCCACUAUCAGGCUCAGUCUGCCGUUCCGCUCAGCUCAGAGACCCACGGCGGCGAAGACGUGGCAGUGUUCGCCAAGGGCCCGCUGGCCCACCUGCUGCACGGCGUGCAUGAGCAGAACUACAUUCCGCACGUCAUGGCGUAUGCGGCUUGCAUCGGGAGCAACAAAGCACACUGCGCCCAAAUCGGUUCCAUCUUUGAUGACGCCACACGCCCCGUCUUCUCCAGCGUCGUCGCCACGCUGGCAGUCGUGCGAUUUCUGUGCUGACAGCAAUGCGCCAUUUGUGAUUUUACCGCUGUUGCUCUUGUGCUCAUACAUACAGCUCUUGAUUUUAUCCUUACGAUAACACGAAGAAUUUUUGGUCACGCAUGUAAAAUAUAGCAUCAUAGCACCACACGUCAUGGAGGUUGCCUCAUAAUCUAAUUCCCCCAUCACCCUUUUCCAAUGGAAUAGUUGUGGCAUACGCAAUAGCAAUGUUUUCCGACCUUUACUGAGCCAAGGCGCAUAUGACAUUACAAAAACCUUACACUACAGAACAAAAUCUCACAAAAAAUAUGCUAAAAUGACGAUCUUCUCUGAAUUUAGUGAAAUAUUGGCCUGGAGCAAAUUAAUUCUGUGGCAUAAAAGACAACAGGUGGAUGCACAGGUUAAUUCUACCUUCUGCCCUCUUGUUGGAAAAGUAUUAAAUUCUUCUGUAUGUCACUGGCAUACGUAGAUAUAAAGGAAAUGUCUCACAAAACGGAGUCUUGGCCUUACAUUUUAGGAUAUCUUUGAUGUUUUGGAACAGUGAAGGAAUACCACUUUUCAGGAGGAAGUGCACAGCUUGCAUAAUGUUACUGCCGUGUCAACGUAACACACAGCCAUGAAUGACUAAACCACUGGUGACCAACUGAGUACACGCCUCAAUGAAAAUGUCCAAAUCAUGUCUAAAGUGUCAAAGGCAUACUCUGUUUUGUGAGAUACUGUCUAUUUGUUGUAAAUAAAUAGUCUUCAGACCAAUUAAAUGAAAUUAGGUAACUCAACUCUAAUGUGUUGGAAGUGUGGUUGGGAAUCACUGCAUAGUGUUUAAGUCUGGGAUUUGGCCAAGAGGUUUUGCAAGCAUUGGCUUUGCUGUUUUUGUUUUUUUAAACAAUAACUUCUACCUCAUACGUGUUGGGAUGAUGAAUUGUGGUUUGUGCAAAGAGUUAUUUUUGAAUGUAUCAACUAAAAAUAAAAUAUAUGUACUCAGUCUACGUUGAGGUUCUGUUAAAAAAAAAAAAAAAAAAAAAAAACAAUGCUGCAGCUUUGUUGUUUUCAAGAAUUGUUUCCAUUUCCCAGCAGCCAUUUUGAUGAAUAAAGCGUUAGGUAGUCAGGCACAUUCGGACAAAUUGUUAAAUAAAGACAUACAUGCUCAA